AUGUCUAGCGAGGUCACGCUCAGUGUCGUUGACAACGACCUGAAAGACGUAAUUCAAAACUUCUUUGAGAUUCAGUCGGCGGUCCAUGGAUAUCUCGGGCCAGAAACACAGCAUGAGCUCGUUAGGAAACUGUCAGUUACCCGUUCAUAUCUGCAUACUGUAUUGCAUGGAUUAUUUUGUUAUCGAUUACUGAUAUUUGUCCACAUGUUUAGAAAGUCUCUUACCAUAUCCCUUAAAACACUAUCUGAUCAUACUACCCUGGAUCCAGCGCAUGCAGAUGCUGCAUCAAAACAACCCAACUCCAACCCUGCGCUGCCACAAGCGGAUCCGCCACUGCACACCAUCAAGCUACCGCCGGAGAUCGUUGACUACGUAGAUGCAGCGCGUAACCCAGACAUAUACACGCGAGAAUUCGUUGAGUUGGUUCAAAAAGGAAACCAGGAUUUAAAAGGAAAAGCUGAAGCUUUCUCUUCUUUCAGAGACACUCUUGCACGGGAGAUGGCUAGCGCAAUGCCCGAGUGCAAAAAGGAGGUGAUACGGGUUGUUAAAGCGACCGGCGGCGAUGCCCAACAACUAUAG